GUGCUAACCACAGAGAUAGCAAGCUUAGCCAAUCAGAAAGAUGUACCAUGAAGUCAUGAUUGUGUCGUGUACAAAAGCGUCCUAAUACGUUUGUAAGCCACUGGUUUUCAACACUUGGCGUUGAUUUUGAUACGUGUACGAAUUUAGAUACCACCUCCCUUUGUCUUGAAUCUCAUGGUUUCAUUCCAGGAGCGGUGCGAUUUGUCUAACGGAGAAAUAUCUCGUUAUAGUCGACAGCUUAUUCUCCCGCAGUUUGGUGUCACAGGUCAAUUGAAAUUGCGCUCGAGCCGCGUACUUAUUGUUGGCUGUGGUGGACUUGGAUGCCCGGCUGCGGUCUACUUGGCGGCCGCUGGAGUGGGCACAAUUGGUCUGCUUGAUGACGAUGUUGUCGAACUGAACAAUUUACACCGACAAGUGGGUCACUCAGAAGCCACUGUAGGUCAGCCAAAAGUGUCCUCCCUUUCUAAACGUUGUCGCGAAGUGAAUUCGGGCACCAAUAUUGAAGAGUGUUUCGCACAUCUGACAAGCUCAAAUGCGCUGGACAUAGUCAGCAAGUACGACGUCGUCCUGGACUGCACUGACAACCUGGCCACACGCUAUCUGAUCAACGACGCAUGUGCGGUUUGUGGUCCCAAACCGCUAAUAAGCGGGAGUGCAUUGCGCCUGGAGGGACAAAUGACCGUGUACUUGGCGAACCGAAUGAGGACAAAGGAAGAGGUUGAGUCUAACCGCCCACUACCAAGAGAAAAUCGUGCGCCGUGCUUUCGCUGUCUGUUUCCUGUCCCACCUCCAGCCACAACGGUCCAAGGCUGUUCUGAAGCUGGGGUUUUUGGUGUCGUCCCCGGUAUCGUUGGUACCAUGCAAGCAGCGGAGGCGAUCAAGUUAAUCGCUGGUGUUGGAACUGUCCACAGUGGCCGACUCCUGGUGUUGGACAUGGAACGCAAUCUAACGCGUACAGUGGUCUUGCGUGAUCCGCGACCCGAUUGUCCAGUAUGCGGAGAACAUGCUAACUUCACCCCCGAUAGAAUUCUGCAGCUGAACUAUGUACUAUUCUGCGGAGCACCAGAUCAUGAUAAGCCAUCAUCGGUCAAUAUGGAUCGACUACGGAACCGGAUCACAGUCCAGCAACUCGACGAAUUGCGGCGCCUUGGAAGACCGCAUGUAUUGCUCGACAUACGACCAGAAGUAGAAGUAGAUCUGUGCCGUCUCACUCCCUGUUUGCGCUUUCCAGCACCAACACUUCUCCGUGACACUGUCCUAUCUCAAAUUCAAGAGGCGCUAAACGAAAAACUGAAGCAAUCUAAUGAACGUCCUGUUCCAAAAGUUCUCCGAAAACACGGUGUUCAAAUGGCUUUUGCCGAAAACCCUGUUGAUCUGGAAUAUGCAGACGACAUCGUUCUCAUCUUCGAGGAGGAGAAUUAG